AUGUGUGGACUUCUACUGCAGAAAAUUAUUCAGUUAGUUCAAGAAGAAAUGAAUUGGGGCAAAGAUUUCGUGUGUAUGUUUGCAAUGAAUGUUCAUAUACCAUUAUUCACAAAGGACGUAAUGUGUGGACUUCUACUGCAGAAAAUUAUUCAGUUAGUGCAAGACACAAUGAAUUGGGGCAAAGAUUUCGUGUGUAUGUUUGCAAUGAAUGUUCGUAUACCAUUAUUCACAAAGCAGUUAUGCAAAUACAAAAGUGGGGACCAGCAACAGGCUCUGCGCAUAGCUAAGCCGGUCUUAGUUUAUAAGUCCCCAAUAAAGAUCAAUGGCCACCUUAAAGGAUCAAACAGUUGGUUGCCUGAUGGGUUUUCAACGACAAGAACAAAAGCUUUUCGGUCUUAUUCUUGUAACUGCUGUUCAUAUUGUACUCCUGAUAAAACAAAAAUGUCUAGACACAUGAGAAAACAUACUGGAGAACGUCCAUUUCCAUGUGAAAUUUGUGGUAAAAGAUUCGCUCAAAAAGAAAACUUAAAAUACCAUACAUUUCAUACACACAUGAAAAAGCAUUUUUCUCAAACUAUAUUGUUUGCAAUCAGUCCUUGCUUAUAUCGCAAUGAAUUAUUAAAAACACCCUCCGAUAGAGGAGCAGUGAAAACUCAUAAAUGCUAUAUGUGCUCAUAUGCUUCAAAUCAUACUGGAACUUUUAAAAGGCAUUUACUUACUCACAGUGCCAAUCGUCCUUUUGUUUAUUCCUGCUCAUAUCCUGUUAAAUUGCAUAAAACCUCCUCUGAUAGAGGGACAUUGAAACUUCAUGAAUGCAACUUGUGUUUGUAUUCUUCAAAUCAUACUGGAACUUUCAAAAGGCAUUUACUUACUCAUAGCAACAAUCGCCCUUUUGAUCUGCCUGGGACUAAAGGUUUUCGUGUAUGUAGUAGCUGCUCUUAUUGUAUUGACAGCAAAUCAAAAAUGGAAAGACAUUUGGGAAAAAAUACUGAAGAAAUUGGUGCAGAUUUCUUUUCAAGUGAAACAGAGAAAAGACCACAAACAAGAAAAAGAAUCCAUUCGUGUACUUAUUGUCAUUACACAUCGUACUACAAAACUCACAUGGAGAAACAUGUUCGAACGCACACUGGAGAGCGGCCAUUUGUUUGUGAAACUUGUGGGAAAGGUUUCACACAGAAGCACAGUUUGCAAUCACAUAGGUUUCUUCAUUCAAGCAAUCAGGAAUAUGUUUGCCCUACGUUAUUACCUAUAGUUGGGUCACACCUAACCAGUGCCAAGCAUUCUGAAGAAUAUGCAAAUCCAAAUCACAGAAUGUUUUCCAUCCAAGGCCCUAUACUCUAUUUCACAAAUGAAAUGCCGACAAAAAUUCUUCAUGCUGGGCACAAUGUAAAAGCAAAAAAGAGACUGCGAAACCAUGCAUGCUGUUAUUGUGCUUACUCUACAUAUUACAAAUCUGACAUGGAAAAACAUUUACGCAAGCACACUGGUGAACGCCCAUUUGUGUGUGAUGUAUGCGGAAAAGGCUUUACCCAGAAACACAGUUUGCUAUCUCAUAAAUUUCUUCACUCGGGUGUUAAGGAUUAUGUUUGUCCUACAUGUCAUGAAAAGUGUCAUAAUAUUGCAGAUUUUAACAAUCAUUUACUCAAACACAAAACUUGA